GGAAACAGCUCAUUUGGGAACUAGUCGGAGAGCCGGUAGGUCGUUGGUCCUUAAUUGUGUGUCUGAUCUGUUGUUGGUCGCGUUUCCGUGAAUUGUCUCGUAAAGUGUAAAAAUGUCGGCAAUUCCAUUCCUUUUAAAUCUCGCGGACGAAUUGAACGAUUUGGAGUCUUGGCGGAUACCGGACGAUUUCGGAAUGGCGAUCUAUCCAGCGGAUCUCCGUCGCAGUCAACGGGUCCCUGCCCGAUUGCCUGUUUCGCUUCCACGCGGCCGGAACUAUCCGUACGCGCUGGCCAAGAAACCGCAAGAUAAAGUCAAAGCCAAGGUCGAAAAUGCCGUUGGGAAAAACGGCUUCCAGGUGUGCAUGGAUGUGCAACAAUUCAAGCCAAACGAACUGACUGUGAAGACUGUAGACAACACAAUCGUCGUGGAAGGGAAGCACGAGGAACGCCAGGAUAGUCACGGAUUCAUUUCACGCCAUUUUGUUCGCAAGUACACACUCCCCGAGGAUUACGACCCUAACGACGUCGUUUCAACCCUUUCGUCGGACGGAGUCCUGACCGUAAAGGCGCCGCCGCCAUCGAAGUCUGACGCUGCAGAACGGGUUGUUCAGAUCCAGCACACUGGGCCAGCUCAUUUGUCGGUGAAGGACAAUUCGGAACCCACAACUUCGAAGCCGGUCGCAGUCCAGGAUGGAGUCGAGAAUGGCGAGAAGUCCAAUGAGAAGAUGGAGGACUGAGGAUUCGAUCCGAAGUCCGGCAGUGUCCCCCGGAGGGGCGCCGGAAACUCGUAAUAAGACUGUAUCAACUCGCAUUUCUGAAAUAUUUACGUUCCAGCAUGGAGAAUAUUUUUUCAUGCAUUCAAUAAAAUUUGUCACUUUUUUAUGUAUCCAA